AUGUCACCUAACAAUAUUCCCCACUCUCCUAUUGAAGAAUUUGUGCAAAGCAUAUCAGCCAUCGAUAUCUCAGUUAGACGGAAUAGUAGCUUUUGUGGCCUAUCUCCAUUUCUGGGCGAUCUUGUGAAGCUGCGACAUAUGUGGGAGGAAUGUCGACCUCAGUUUCGAUUUUAUGAAAGAAUGGCAAGACUUUUGGAUGCCUUGUAUGAGACAAAUUUUGUGGGAUUGGAAGCAACUCAAGAUAUACCCCAGAUCUCAUAUGCGGAAGCUUCUGCAUCAUCUGAGGCCCAUGACCAACUUCAGAUUUCAAGGCCAGCAGAUUCCUUGAAAUCUCUUUUACUUCAACUUGGAGUGUUAGACAAGAUAGACUUGUUCAGAGAGGAAAUUUCUCAGGGAUGGAAUUAUGGUGGGUGGGAUGAUUUUCACCUACCUGGUGAUCAGUAUCACGAUUGGUUCAUCUUUAAGGGUGAAGGACGCUCAGUAAUUUUUAAGGUACCUCAAGUCAUAGGUUAUCGCUUGAAAGCGAUGCUUCUCAACGUCAGGUAUUCUUCUUGCACGGACACCACAACGCCUCAAUUUCUCAUGGAUGUUCUAAUCAUUAACCUCACAAAAGCAACAGUAAAACAUCUUAAGGGAGACUCGUCAACUUUUCAUGAAGAUGCAGAGUGGCAGAAUAUCAUUUCAAGUUUUCAACCUGGUGAUCUGGUGGAGCUUGUUUUAAGUAUUGGACCUCAAUAUCCUGUGAAGAAGAUUGCAGCAUACCUGAUUUUUGACGGUUCUAAGCCUCGCAGGUUUUUGAAAUCAUCAUUAUCGCAAAAGCUGAUUUGGGUUUGUCGUAUAGCCCCGGAUUUUCUUCAGACUGAUGGGCCCAACAAGUAUUGGGACAGAAAGUACAAGAGAAGAACCAAAGAUGGCCCAGGGCCCAUGUCUGAUCAGAAUUUGCCACGAAGAAAGGGUAGAAGCGGGAAUGAUAAUAUGCAACAGGGGUAG